UGCCGCCGCUCGGUUCGGCUCCUCCCGGUGUUUUCUCUGUUUUGGGGCAAGUUUUCUGCAGAAAACGGAGACAAGAAGUAAAUAUAAAGUCUAGAAGAGUCCAGAAGACUCCAACCGGAGUCUGUGUCCGGUAGAACCCGCCGGUGAGCGGCAGGAGUUCGGGAGUGUUCGUUUCGCACUGUUCGCCGAUGGAAGCGAACAAAACCGCCCUGUUCGCCGAGAUGCUUCCAGUGAAACCAGUAAAGAGAAACUGAUCUGCAGAGUUUCAUGGCUGCUCUCAUCACAAUCCACAGUGUCACCCAGCAGGAGCCCUGAGGAUUUAACUUUCAUAAAACUCUUUUAAAAGUUGAACUUCCCAGGAUCCUAAUCUUUUUGCUUCAAAGUGUUUCUCCCUCAGAGAUGCUCGUCAGUGAGAGGAAACCUUUCUCGCAGGAUUUAAGUGGUGAGAAAUGUGAGCGGGGUCAGAAAACGCUCUGCUGACGAACAAACCGAAACGUGUUUUGUUUGGAUGUCGAUCACUUGCGUUGCCUUUCUUCCGUCCGGACGACGUCACAGAUAGCAGAGCCAAUGUCGGCCGAUAACAGCCCGCCGCCGCUGGCCUCCCCGCGGUCCUUCCCCCUCCUCCCCCAGCACGCCGCCCCGCCCACGCCAUCACCGUCCCCGAGCCCGCCGGCCACCCUCUGCAGCCGGCUGUCCAAUGGCAGCCAGACGGCCCCGAGCCCAACCAACUCACGGGGGUCCAUCCACGGAGUCUCCUUCCUGGUUCAGAUCGGACUCACCAGGGAGACGGUGACCCUCGACCCCGGAGAGCACUCGCUGUGCGCCGUCAGGGAGCUCGUCUGCUCCAUCGUGGAUCAGAAGUUCCCAGAAUGUGGAUUUUUCGGGAUGUACGACAAGAUCCUGCUGUUUCGCCACAACCUGAACUCGGACAACAUCCUGCAGCGUCUGAUCUCGGCGGAGGAGAUCCACGAAGGAGACCUGGUGGAGGUGGUGCUCUCCGCUCUGGCCACAGCCGAGGACUUCCAGAUCCGACCUCACGCCCUCUACGUUCACUCCUACAAGGCUCCGGCCUUCUGUGACGACUGUGGGGAGAUGCUGUGGGGCCUCGUCAGACAGGGACUCAAGUGUGAAGGAUGUGGACUGAACUACCACAAACGAUGUGCGUUCAAGAUCCCCAACAACUGCAGCGGGGUCAAGAAGAGACGUCUGUCCAACGUCUCACUGCCGGGCGCCGUCAUGUCCGUCGCUCGACCGCCGUCCACCGAGUUCACCCCUACGCCACAGGAGGAGCAGCGCCCCCUGCUGGGUGCCGGGAAGCGUAACUCCCUGCUGAGCGGCCGUCCCAUCUGGAUGGAGAAGAUGGUCCUGGGUCGGGUCAAAGUCCCCCACACCUUCUCCGUCCACACCUACACCCGUCCCACCAUCUGCCAGUUCUGCAAGCGGCUGCUGAAGGGCCUCUUCCGCCAGGGCAUGCAGUGCAAAGAUUGUAAAUUUAACUGCCAUAAGAGAUGUGCGGCCAAAAUACCUCGAGACUGCCUCGGUGAGGUCGACUUUAAUGGAGAACCGGCCAGUCCCAGUCUGGACUCCGAGGCGACGAUGGAGGUGGACAACAGUGACACCAACAGCGACGGCGGUCACAGCAUGGACGAGCAGGACGACAAGCUCUUCUUCAUCGAGGGUCCCUGUGUGGACGGAGAGAAGGACGACGAGACGCUCAGAGCCAUCAGCCCGUGCACCAGCAGCAACAUCCCUCUGAUGAGAGUGGUUCAGUCCAUCAAACACACCAAGAGGAAAAGCUCCACGAUGGUUAAAGAGGGCUGGAUGGUCCACUACACCAGCAGCGACAACAUGAGGAAGAGACAUUACUGGAGGCUGGACAGCAAGACUCUGACUCUGUUUCAGAAUGAAAGUGGAGCCAAGUAUUACAAGGAGAUCCCGCUGUCCGAGAUCCUCCAGGUGGAGCAGGCGCAGGACUUCGGCAGCCUUCCUCCGGGCAGCAACCCGCACGUCUUCGAGGUGAUCACGGGCAACAUGGUGUACUACGUCGGCGAGGACAGCGGCGGUCCGCACCACAACCCGGUGCUGGCGUUGACCGGCAUCGGGCGUGACGUGGGUCAGAGCUGGGAGAAGGCCGUCCGACAGGCCAUGAUGCCCGUCACGCCAAAGGCCAGCGUCGGCACGGGGCCCGGACACGGGAAGGACCACAAGGAAGUCUCUAUCAGCAUAUCAGUGUCCAACUCCCAGAUACAAGAAAAUGUGGAUAUCAGCUCAGUGUAUCAGAUCUUUGCAGACGAGGUCCUCGGCUCCGGACAGUUUGGGAUCGUCUACGGAGGUAAACACAGGAAGACCGGCAGAGACGUGGCGAUCAAAAUCAUCGACAAAAUGCGGUUUCCCACCAAGCAGGAGAGCCAGCUGAGGAACGAGGUGGCCAUCCUCCAGAACCUGCACCACCCGGGGAUCGUUAACCUGGAGUGCAUGUUCGAGACCCCCGAGCAGGUGUUCGUCGUCAUGGAGAAGCUCCACGGCGACAUGCUGGAGAUGAUUUUGUCCAGCGAGAGGAGCCGGCUGCCCGAACGCCUCACCAAGUUCCUGGUCACGCAGAUCCUGGUGGCCCUCAGACAUCUCCACUUCAAGAACAUCGUCCACUGUGAUCUGAAGCCAGAGAACGUUCUCCUGGCCUCAGCAGAUCCCUUCCCUCAGGUGAAACUCUGCGACUUCGGCUUCGCUCGUAUCAUCGGUGAGAAGUCGUUCCGCCGCUCCGUCGUCGGCACGCCGGCCUACCUGGCGCCCGAGGUGCUUCGCAGCAAAGGCUACAACCGAUCCCUGGACAUGUGGUCGGUGGGCGUCAUCGUCUACGUCAGCCUGAGCGGGACGUUCCCCUUCAACGAGGACGAGGACAUCAACGACCAGAUCCAGAACGCCGCCUUCAUGUACCCGUCCAACCCCUGGAAGGAGAUCUCAGAGCACGCCACGGACCUCAUUAACAACCUGCUGCAGGUGAAGAUGAGGAAGCGUUACAGCGUGGACAAGUCGCUGAGCCAUCCCUGGCUGCAGGACUACCAGACCUGGCUGGACCUCAGGGAGUUCGAGACGCGGCGAGGCGAGCGCUACAUCACCCACGAGAGCGACGACGCCCGCUGGGAGGAGCACGCCGACGAGCGAGGCCUUCACUGCCCCAACCACUUCAUCAUGUCGCCCAACCUGGACGACAUGGACGAGGACCCCUAGUGGCCGCCGGAGGGUAAAAAACAUUUUUCAACAAAGAAUCAAACGCUCCCCGAAGAGGCGCGGCGUUUCUCCGUGGACGUCCGGGAGGCGGCGCUCAGGCAGCUGUGUGACGACACUGUGACGAUGAUUCAGGUCCUGAGAAUUUUUAUUAAGGAACAUUUUUCUACAAGCCAUAACAAACGCCCCUCAGAGCCAAAAGCUGGAGGAACAUUUCAUUCCCAGAAUUCAACAUUCAAUAAAAAACGUCUGCACUGCCGGUCGAGCCGCAGAAGGGCUACCAGCUAGAAACCAAAUCCAGAGCCUUUAUAUAAUGUUUCAGCUCAAAUAGCAUAUUUUUAUGACGUCGUUGUUACUUUUUAGAUCUCAUGAAGAUGUGUAGAGAGUUUCUAUGUGACGCUAACUGAAAAAAUCAUCAUGUUUAUUAUGUUCUGACUAUAAUGUUCAUUCUUCUUUGUUGGGAGGUCUUUGCACUAUUUGAGAAACUCUUUUAAAAAGUAGAAUUCACUGAUUAUAACUUUUUUUAUUUGUUCAUCUGCAUAAGUGGACAUGUACCUAAUCUAUAAUAGUCAUUAAACACCAGAAAACUCAAUUAUUGGAUGGAACUGGAUUCUUAAAUCCAUAAUUGUAAAGUUUGUCCUGAAGGUGGCGUUGGAGAAAACGUCUUGUUACCAAAAGCAAAAGGGUCUAUUUGUUGUACGGUGGCCUUUAUAGGACAUCUCUAGCUCAACUCUUACUACUUUAAAUGCUAAUGUUACGCAACAUUAAUUGACGUAUAGUUACAAUAACAACAAUUAUCAGAUAUUAAAGUACCCUGGUAUUUAACACGCUACCCUUAGCAUGCUAACAUGCUCAAUAAGGACAUUUCUGGUAUUUAAUGUCACGCUAACUUCUUUAAAGAUUUAAAAAUGUGACAAUCAGGCAAACUGAAAAAUAAAUCAUCAGGUCAAGCAGCGUGAACCUCUUAAGACUUUAAGUAUGUUAAGUAUCUGUCUAUUAUUAUUACAGGAUUAUUAUAAGACUCAGUACUUGUUAUUAUUCUACAGACUUUAUAGUUUUGCAGAGAAACAAAUGUAUUAAGUUAUUUUCAGUGAUUCUCUGAAACCUUUUUUCCGAUGAAGACGAGCUGAGAAUCGAGCUGCUAUUGUCCGUCUUUGUCUUUCUGCAGAACGUUAGUGAUCUUCGUCCGACUCCAACCUGAGAAUUUAUUUCACAAGUUUUAUAUUUUUGCAAGAAAUGUUUGUGACAUUUUCUGAUGGGGAAAAAAAUAUUAAAUGGUUUACUUUGGGAAAACAUCUAAUUUUACAUCC